GUAUUUCAUCUUAACCUCAUUUACUAUUUAAGAUAUAUACUAGAACCUUUUUUUUAAAUGAUUUGAAAUUAUAAUCGUAACACUUAAAAGUAAAGUUUAAUUCUAGAGUCGAAAUCUAACCAAAAAAAAGUUAGACAAAAAAAAAUGCAUUCAAAAAUAAAACACCAAAAGUAUAAAUAAAAAAAUCAGUGACGUGUUCAAUAAUCUACCCGAACAGUCUUGAACAUUACCAGUUACAGGUAGACGUAGACUAGAUGUUGAGUCGGUCUAUAGCUAACGGGGUGUGUUUCUUAGUUCCACUACAGCUUCAUAUAGAUCUUCACCAUUAGGUUUAGUUUUCUGUAUUAAAUUCUUAUAAACAAAAUGCAGUUCUUCUGUAGCACUCUAACCAAAGGACUUUUACAAAACUCCAGUCCGUGCUUAUUGAAGGACAAGAAAGCCAUUAAAUUUAAUAAAGGUGAUUUGAUUAAAAUAAAUCGUAACUUUUUCUGGCAUUGGGGUGUCUACAAUGGUAGCGGCUGCAUCAUUCAUGUGAAUAACGUCAACAUGGAGGAUGGUAUGUGCAACGCUGAGGUAGUCUGUGAACCAUUCAACGAUGUGGUUGGAGAUUGUUACUAUGAAAAAGGAAACAAAAAAGAUUCGAAAUGGACACCACUGGAUCCAGAGGAGAUUGUUAAAAGGGCCUAUGAAAGUUGUAAGCCUUUUAAAUACAACGUCCUAUUUAACAAUUGCGAACAUUUUGCCAGGUGGUGUCGUUACGAUGUUGAUUAUAGCAACCAGGGGAACUUUUUAAAAACUGUCCUUCAAGACAAACUUGUGACUACUCUUGCAAGAGAUGACAUUGCAGAGCUGACAAAUGAACAAAAGGAAAAACUGAAGGAUGUCAUCAACUCAAAAAUGUUACUGGGUCGUAGAAUUCAGGAUGCAAGUUCCAGUCAGGAGCAAAGCAUUUAGAUUGCUGAAAUGAAAAAGAAUUGAAAAUAAGUAUUAUGACAAAUUUCUCACACAUUAUUUGUUGAGAAGUGAGCAGCAAAGCUACUGUUGGAUAGUGAAGCUACUACCAUCUACCUUUUAGCUCGAAAUACGCACUGUGUUCAUUUUGUCUUCUUUACGAAUUUGUAUAAGUAGGUUUGUAAAUGUUUAGCAGUAUGUAACUUUAUAGAAAUAGUUUGUGAAUGAAUUACUUUAAUGUUCAUGUUGCUAAUAACUAUUUACUUCAUUGAAGUCGUAAAUGAUAUAUUAACAUACAUUUAUUGAGUAGUUUCAAAUGUAUCUGUUGUUUAACCGUCUCCGUUUUCUUGUUCUAAAUAAAUGGAGACUUGAAAUACAAUACAUUAAUGCUGUUUUAUGGUUUUACUUCAAUUAUUGUUGACACAAACAAAACCUAUUCGAAAAAAAAAAGUAAUUAAAACUAAGAAAGAAUAAGUCCGUGUUAAGUAAAAUUUUUAAAAUUUUUAUUGUAAAUAAAGUAAUUGAACUUCAUGUUUAGGUUUAAAUUUGCCCUAUUUAAUGAGAGCGGAGAAUGCCUUUUUACCUCGAGCGUUGGAUUGACGAGUUUUAUAUAGAGUGACACAUCAAGUCUACCGUGAUGUCUAUUUCUGGACAUUGCUAUGAGUUUUCAAUUUUCCAAGAACAUUAUUAAUCGGGAGGCUGCGAGAUACCUGUUAUAAAUUAAAAUGGUUAAUUAAAUAAUUUACAACAGGAAUUAGCGGGGCCCACUGCGGCCGCAUAGGUUGUAGUGAGCUAAGGACGGCCCCAAAAAAAAUGUGAUGUAUAGAUAUAGAGAUAUUAUUACCAAAGUUUAAUGAUUACUACACAUAAAGGUCUUUUCUAGUUUAGAAUUUCAUUUUUUAAAACUGUGACUAAAGAACGUCAUAGCGUGGCUGCCAAAAAAUGUACACAAUGAAAAUAAAUUCAUUACUAAAAAGCUAGUUUAUCGAAUCGUAUAAUUUUAAUAAUAAUCAACUCGCCUCUCAGUGAUGUUUUAUAAGUCUACUAUUCUACUAGGUAAAAUUUUAUGUCGAUGUAAAACUAAGAUUUGAAGACAUUCUUCAUUUGGAUAUUCCCGAAUGGGUAAUGAACACUCUUGCACGUAGACAUAAUCAGGUACCAAUCCUGCAUGAAUCCACACUUAUGCAGGGGCAGCCUAUUAAAAUACAUGCAUAGAGAAACUUAAUCCAAUUUUUCAACAAGGAUACAAUAAAUUUUGAUACAAUUUUAUAUUCGUAUUGUGUGUCGAUGUCUGUAAAUUGUAAACUGCUUUCCUUCGUAUGUGAUAGAACUUGGAUUGAGUGCCGGUAUUAACCUCUUCAGAAACAAGUAAAAAAAAAAAAGCUAAUCUAAUGGGUAAGAACUCCUCCUUUAAACUAUAUCUACCAAUAAUGUACAAGUUAUUUUCUUUAUGCGCUAUGCAGCUACUAACCUUCAUUACUAAUACAUAUUUGACGAGUUAAAUAUUUUGGUUUAUUGAUUCAAAUUUGGUUAGGUACAUUAAAUAUUUUUUUAAAAUAUCAACAUGAUCAAAUAAUACGUAAGAGAGAUAUAGUGUUAAAACCUGAUUAAAGGGACUUAACCCAACAAAUUUAACCAUAUCUUUCAAAAACUAAAGUAGCUCUCCCUUGGAAAUUAAAUGGUUCCUUUUUUUUGAUUCAUGUCUAGUCUGUGUCAUUGAAUAAUUGGACGAAGUUUCAAUGGAAGUGGGAGAAAUAAUGUGUACACACCUUUUACCAGACAGACAGAGUUGAUAUAAGCUGUGUAAUAAAAGAAACCGAUUAGGAAUGUGUGCGCAUGGAGAUUAGCUGUUGCUACUUGGAAAUGUCAAGCCGGACAUAAAUACAUUUAUACAAUCUCAUUAACAUCAGCCAAGUCAUUCAUCUUGUUUUACUAUUUUAUUUUAAACAUAAUUAUAAUCUCAAUAAAUACGUCUUUAAUAA